AUGUUGGUAGCAGUGCAUACACUUACAAAGAAGCCAAAGGAUUUCAUACUCCAUGUGGGCAUCGAUGCUAAUUUCCCACUUGAUAAAGCGGUCGUUGAAGGUGUGACUCGGUCGAGAAGAACGGUUUCGCGACAUCGAGCUGAUUUACGUGAAGCAUUGCCUGAGAAGACCACGGUCCUCUCGGCAAAUCAUUUUGGUUCUUCAGCUUGGACGGUGACUGCUCGAACAGAUACUGUCUUGGAAGACCGAACUUCCAAAGUAUAUUUUCUGAAAGUGCGCGCCCGCUUCCUCUGGUACUCUCAAGCUUGGUCUAUUCAGCUAAAAUUGAUUCAGUGUGCGACUGACGAUGUCGGGCGAGAAAUGAUGGAAGGAGAGUUUAAUGCCAUGACUGAGCUUUACAAAACUAUUCCUACACUGGUAGCCCGGCCAUAUGCGUGGGGCAAGUUCAAGAUCCAGGAGCCUACCACUUACUUCUUUCUCUGCGAUUUCAUUGACAUGAGGACUCAACUUCCCAAUCCUGCUCGCCUAUGUUCGCGAAUUGCGGAGCUCCAUCGCGUAAGCGUUUCACCGACGGGCAAAUUCGGCUUCCAUAUUCCAACAUAUCAUAGCAAGUAUCCGCAGAGCGUUCAAUGGGAUGACAAUUGGGCGUCAUUUUUCAAAACUCUCUUGGGAGAUGCGUUACGACUCGACCUCCAGACCAACGGUCCAUGGCCUGAAUUCGAAAAGGCCUCCAAACGUACCCUGGGCAAAGUCAUCCCGCGGCUCCUUGGUGUACUUCAAGAGGAUGGCCAUGAGAUCAAGCCAAGUCUUAUUCUUGGAGACCUCUGGGAGGGCAAUAUUGGGACUGCUUAUGAAGACAAUUCAAUCCUGAUAUUUGAUUCUGGAGCGUAUUACGCACACAACGAGAUGGAGAUUGGAAUGUGGCGCUGUGUUCGGCACCACAUCAGUUCCGAUAGAUUUACACGUCAAUACUUUAGGGAAUAUCCCGUAAGUGAACCAGUAGAAGAAUGGGACGACAGGAAUAGAAUCUCUUGCAUCAAAAUGAACAUCGUCCAUUCCGCUCACCACAAGGGUGAUAUUGUGAGACAAACGUAA